GCAGACAACCCGGGCUCGCCAAGUCAGUGUUGUAUCAGACGUCGGUGAGGGAGGUUGUGCUCACGCGUCUCUGGCAGGCCGCUAGUGGUGUCUGAAGAUACGCGCGCUGUCCCGUUGGAUAAUCUCGGGUCCUGUCCGUGAGGUGGCGUGUCUGAGAGAUACACAACGUUCGCACCUUGAUAGCGAAAGCGUGGAAUUGGCUAUCGCGUGUUUUGAACGCGGUAUGGGUUCCGGACGGUACUGUUUAGUGGACUUGAGUGUCGCGGGUCAAAAGUUUGUCGCGGACUUGAGCAGGAGGCGAUAGUAGCGGGAUUCCGUCUGUGGCCACCUCCCCUCCUGCCGGGAACGACUGUCCUUCCUCGGUACUCGUGCAAAUAUAUACAAAAGAGGAGGAGAUUAAAAGGAGCAAGAAGAGUAGCCGUGUCCUCUCGUCGUCCAUCCAGGCAACAAGAAGCGCUGUCAGAGAACGAGGAAGUAAUUGUAAUAAAGACAAAGUGAAUUUAAUGAAGUAAUGAAUAAAAAUAUGUGCCGUACAUGAAUACUAAGGAAAAGAAAGCGACUUGAAAACGUAAAUAAUUCAAUAGCAAAGAACUCCAAAUUAAAACAAAGGAAGGACAACAUAAACACAGACGAAAAAGAAAAAGAACUGUGCUAUACAUGAAAAAUUAAACAAACCACAUCAAAAAAAGAAAAGAAAACUGAAAGAGAGCAAAUAAAAAUCAAAGGACAAAACGAGAACAAAAAAAUAAACUAAAAACAAAACAGAUACAUAUCAAAGCGCGCCCACGUAACCUAACCCACCAAGACCACCACCACCACCACCACCACUACCACAUCUUUCCACCCACGCCCGCGCUACACGCCGACGCACGCCCGCACUCAAGAUGAACGGCCGCGGCUGGAUAUGAUUGAUGUCGUCUCCACAGACUUCGCCAUAGAAAAUUAUGCACAGGUGGCCGGCGCUGGCGGGUCAUGGAUGGAGUGGGACGACCGCCGCCGCCGUGACGCUGAGGACCCCUGGCCGCCGCCCCGCCCCCCGGAGCCCCCCGCCUUCCCCGAUGACCCAUGGGGCGGCGACAACGAUUGGCACGAUGACUUCUGGAACGACGCCCCCUGGGAGGACGCCCGCCUCGAGAUCCCCCCGGAGGCUUACGGAGUGGAAGAGUAUGACUUCGGAGGAUGUGACUGCGGAGGACCACCUCCUCCCAUAUUCCACCUCCCUCCACCUCCACCCCUCCCUCGUCUCCCUGAGGAGGAGGAGGAGGGUUCUGGCUGCGAUGCCCCGCCACCUUCUGAGGUGUGCCCCGCCCUGCUGGUGGCGGGAGACGCACACACUCACCAGCGGCUGCAGCCUCCCCUGGCGGCGCUGGUGGUCGCCGCCGCCACACUUACGCUCGUCUUCAUCAUCGCUGCCCUUGUCUGCUGGAGGUACCGGAGGCAGCGUGGCCGGAGGGGACCCUCCAAGUCCUCGAGCGAUCUCACCAACGGCGUCAUUUACGAGGACCUUCCCUCCGGGCCCACACCGAGGGUGGUGCCCGCCGCCCACGGCCAUCCCCGCGACACCCACACUCUGGCGCCCAUGGAGCUCUUGGACAUGAAACUGACGCCUCACGUGCACGCCUCGAGCUACGGCGGGGCGGAGGACGGCACCCCAGCCAUCCUGCAACAGUAUCAGCCCAGCCAGCCCCUCUCGCCUUCCUUCAAUCCCACCCACACUUCCCCGCCCUACUCCCCAAAGAAACCGUUUGACACGCACCGCUCCAACAGGAGCUCGCAGGAGCUGUACAACCCGACCUACGAGGAAAUUUCAACGGCAGGAAGCGACACUACUUCCGUCAGCAGCGCCAGCGUGAGCUCCGAGGGUGCACAGCAACAGCUGGAGCGGCGCAGCGAGGGCCAGGGUCCGCCCACCAUCUGGUCUGAGCCCGGCAGUUGUACGUGCUCUGGGGGCAGGCGAGCCCCACAGGGGAGGCGAGGGACAAGGGGUGGCCGCUCCCGCAAGCCCCGGGCCACCAGCAGCGCAACGAGCACCGGGACCACAGAGGGCAGUGAGUAUCACGAGGCGCUGCUGCCCCAGCUGGUGCCCGCCAUGGGCCUGAAGGGUACGGCGCGGCAUCCUACACUGCCCUACACCAUUCAGGGCACCAGCGACGGCCGCACCUCCACCUCGUCUUCUUCUGACCUCCCGGUGGACCGCUGCCUCGCUCCCCGAGAGCCGCGCUACUACGUGGGCGUACCGCCCCCCUCCACGCGCAGUCCCAUUACCCCGGAUGGGCCGCUGCGAGGGCCCCCAGGACUCUUUGGCGGAGAUUCGGUGGAAGGCUCCUCCGGGGCGUCAACGUGCGGGGGUGAGCGGCCUUCGCCGACGGAACGUGGCUUGCCUCCCCUCCCCUCCCGCAGCGACCGCUACCGGAUCUACUUCAGCACUGAGCGGCCGGGCAUGGAUGGGGCGCCGCUCCCUGUCGGCGCCCGUACCCUCAACCCUGGCACCAGAAAACGCCAACGGCGGCACGAAACCUCGGGCACGCGGGAGAGCGAGCCGUUAUACCAUGAGUUGUAGUAAAACACACACACACACACACACACACACACACACACACACACACACACACACACACACACACAUACACAUACACACACACAGAGGGCGGGGGAGCUCACGUGUACACUCACACAUGCAUACACACG